AUGGCUUCUUCUUCUUCCUCCUCCUCUGUUCUCGGCCGCCGGGAAAAAGGGUCGGUAAGAUUUCCUAAUUAUAAAAUUUCUGAUUUCUGUUCCUAUCCACGUUCCACUUGGUCCUUUAGGUUAAACUCGGGCGGCGUUCGUCCGAUGAUUUUGUCUUCGACUAGACCAUGUUCUUCUUCUUCUUCUUCUUACUCUCCAGUGAUUUUGUCGGAACCAAAUUCUUCAUAUUUUUCAUCAUCUCCUUGUCUGAUGCUUCCCCACGUAUUUGAAGCUGGCGCCAUGAAUUACAAAUUCUACAGCCUGGCCGAGAACAAAGUCUUAACCCUCGCCACCGAAUUCCCGGCGGGCACUGACAUGAUGGUGUUGAGGGGAUCCUCGCACGGCUGGCUAGCUCUGCUCAACCCCCACACUUUCGACCUUUUCCUCUACAACCCCAUCUCCCGCCGCCGCAUCAACCUUCCCCCAGUUGGAAACUUGCCCAAUUACCCCUGCCUAGAGAGCUCGAAGGACCUGGAAAAGCUCAUCCUUUCCUGCUCCCCGGACGAAGAAGGCUGUCGGGCUGCCAUCAUAAACGAUGCGCAGGGGCUGGCUUUCUGCUGCCCGGGGCACAGCGACAAGUGGACUCUGAUUGGCGAUCUUCGGUUGAGAUAUUAUGGAUUGGCCCCGUGGAAUUGGGAAUGGGAAGGGAAUUAUAGGGAUUGUGUCUAUUCGUCGCAACAUCAAGCAUUAUUUGCCCUCACUGGUUGUGAUGAGGUGGAAUCAUGGGAUCUCCGGGACCCUUUGUCCCCUUGUGUGAUCAAGACUUACGAGAAAAAACCCCAGAAGAUGACUGAAAAGUUGCUGCCUCCCGGAGCCGAAAUGUUUAGGCAGUAUCUGGUGAUUGCAGGGCAGGAUCUUCUGAUGGUGUCUCAAUAUCUGAUGGAAACUGGUGGCUCGUUUACUUUGUCAGAUGGCAAAGCGAAUCCUGAUCACAGCUACGUGACUGUUGAUUUCGAUGUUCAUAGAUAUCAUCCUGAGGAUGUGGAUCAUCCAAAGUAUGUGGAGGGCUCGUCCCUGGGUGGUUGGGCUAUUUUUGUCGGCUUCAGCAGCCACGCUGUUGCCUUGCCGGCGGCGGAGUUCCCGGAGCUCGAGCCUAACUCCAUUUACUUCACGGAUCCAACAUUGUUGACGCAAGUUGAGAAUUGUGUGAGUGGUGGCCAUGACAUUGGCAUCUUCAAUUAUGAGGACAAGACUGUGUCGCGGUGCUAUUAUCCGAGUGAUGUUAGAAAGAUCUUCCCGGCGCCUAUGUGGUUCUUCCCGACUCAAAAUUGA